AACUGAAUUUCUUUGUUGCGAGAGAAAAGAAGAAAAAAAAAAGUGAGGAAAGAUGGUCGCUGUUGAGGCUGUUGUUUUGCAACUUCUCAUAAAACUCGCUGAUCCCCUCAUUAAGGAAGUCAUUUCCUUAUAUGAGGUUGACGACAAAGUCGAAUUGAUUGUCACACAAUUUACGCAGAUGCAAUGCUUCUUGAAAGACGCAGACGCCAAACAAGAAGGAGAUGAAAGAGUGAAGAACUGGGUGCUGGACGUGACAGAUGCUGCAUACGUUGCUGAGGACCUCAUCGACACCUUUAUCUUAAAGGUAGAACCCUUGAAGCGAACAGGAUUUGUGGGCCGCAUUACAAGGUACGCUUUCAUCUUCAGUGAGUUGAUAGCUCGCUAUAAGUUGAGAUCGGAGUUCGAACGGAUAAACAAUAAGAUCCGUGUUAUUUCCGAAAGUAGGUCGACUUUUGGAAUUCAAAAUACAGGCCAGGAAGCAGGGACAAUCUCCGCUGGUCCAAGCCUCCAAGAAUGGAGGCUCACUUCUCCUCUUGAUCAAGAACCAGAUUUUAUUGGUUUUGAGAAAGAUUUGGAGAUAUUGGUGGACCGACUGACCAAGGGGGAGUUACGCCGUUGUGUUGUUUCUGUAGUUGGAAUGGGUGGUCUCGGUAAGACCACUCUCACCAAGAAAGUUUAUAACGACACUCGUGUUAAAGCACGUUUUCAUGACUUUUGCGCAUGGAUUUGUCUAUCGCAAGAGUAUGAUGUGAAAGAUGUUCUUAAGAAGAUCAUAGAUCGCUACAUGGUGCUCUCAGAAGAGGAGUCCAAGAAAGUGGAGAAAAUGGACGUCUUUGAGCUGAGGCAUAAAAUUUCAGAAUAUUUGAAAGGGAAGAGAUACCUGGUGGUAGUAGAUGAUAUCUGGACGAGCAGAGCAUGGGAUGAUAUCAAGGGUGCUUUCCCCCUAAAUGAUACUCUCCCUGCUGUGGAAAAUGGAAGUAGGGUCAUGAUCACCACACGCAUCAAAGUUGUAGCUUUACAUGCAGAUGCACAAAGCCUGCCGUAUGAGUUGCUAACUUUAGGAAAAGAUGAGAGUUGGAAUUUGUUUUGCAGGAAAGCAUUCCCAGGACAUGGUAACAUUUGCCCUGACAAAUUGAAGCAGUUGGGAGAAAAGAUUGUGGAAAAGUGCUGUGGUCUACCUCUUGUGAUUGUAGUCAUCGGAGGGCUCUUAUCAACGAAAAAAGAAGAAUGGGAGUGGCAGAAUGUAAGUGAGAGUAUUACCUGGCAAAUUAACCAAGGACAAGAAGAAAUCUCUGAAAUAUUAUCUUUGAGUUUUAGAGAUCUGCCCUAUCACUUGAAACCAUGUUUUCUCUACUUGGGAAUUUUUCCGGAAGACUAUGAGUUCCGUGCUAAGAAACUGAUUCAAUUGUGGGCCGCAGAAGGGUUUCUGCAACAGAGAGGGAAUCAAACAGUAGAGAAGGUGGGAGAAGAUUUUCUAAAUGAGUUGAUUCAACGAAGCAUAAUUCAACUUGCUAAAAGAAGUUCAAACGGGGGUAUUAAAAGUUGCCGAAUUCACGAUCUUCUGCGAGAUCUCUCCAUAUCAAAAGCCAAGGAAGGUAUGUUUCUCCAAGUUCACCAUGGGAAUUCAAACGCUCCAGCAUCUAGAGCCCGCCGACUUGUAAUUCACUCUAAUGCCUUAAGUGAGUGCACUUCCCUAAAUUCUUCUAGUUCACGCUGUCGAUCUGUGUUAAUAUAUCAUCAAGGUAAUGAUAUGCUCGAAAGUACACAAGAGAAGCUUCUCUACGAAGGCUAUAAUUUGCUUAGGGUGUUAGAUCUCCACAAUGUCGACAUAAAAGAGCUAUCGAGUGAGAUAGGUGCACUGAUUCACUUGAAAUACCUCCGAUGUACCAGGACUUGUUUAAAAAGGCUCCCAUCAUCGAUAGGCAAUCUUCACAAUUUACAAACACUAGUUGUAACAUCUAUGUUUGAAGUCAACAUACCCAGCGAAAUAGAGAAAAUGGAACAGUUAAGACAUUUCCAAGUUAUGUACCCAAUUCAAAGCCGUUAUUACCGUGGUCGGGGUGUUAUACAAGGUCGUCCACGGCUCAACCAGAUGAGUAACCUCCAUACUCUAACAUGGGUAAAGGUUGGCGAAUGGAUGCACGGUUGCCUGGAAAGUCUUACGCAUCUUAGAAAAUUAGGAAUAUGUUUAGAUUAUGGAAUGUUUGACGUGUAUGGUGCGGUAUUGUUCGAAUCCAUUCUCAAAUUGAAAUGCCUCCAGUCUCUUUUGGUAACGACAGAUCUAGGUUACCUAGAAUUUCCAAAUUCGUCGGUGCGCCCUCUUUCAUCCCUUCCCUCGUUACGUAAGUUGGUUUUGGAAGGAGAGUUAGCAAACUUACCCGAGCCUAGUGAAUUCCUAACAAACGUCACCAAGCUUACCUUGAAACGGUCCAAUUUAAAGCAAGAUCCACUGGCGACGUUGGAGAAGCUGGAAAACCUUCGUAUUCUCAGAUUGCUGUAUCAUUCGUACUCGGGAGUGACGAUGGCUUGUACUUCAAAAGGGUUUCCUCGACUCGAAUCCUUACAUCUUGAAGAGUUAGGCAACUUAUAUUCGUGGACAGUGGAGGAAGGAGCUCUGCCAACUCUUACACAUCUACAGAUCAAUUCGUGCCAUCGGUUGAGGAUGCUUCCAGAGGGACUGCAACACGUGACUACCCUCAAGAAAUUGGAGUUGCUGAACAUGCCCUAUGCAUUCAAUCGAAGGCUUCGAAAAGACGAGGGAGAGGAUUGGAAUAUAAUUUGUCACAUACCCUCCAUUGACAUAAUCGAACGAAAUUGAUAAGGUGACAUUGGAUUCGGUCCUCUGAUCUUGAACUCCUUGGAGGUCUAAAUUGAUUGCAUUGUGGAAUAUGCAUACAUUAUUCAAAGAAAGGUAUGAGAAGACGAGGGAAAGGUUUGACAUGCGAUUUAUCACCUACUCUCCAUCAAUAUAUGCUAUAGGGUGACAUUCAAAGCAAUCUCACUUUAUCUCCUUGCAAGCUAAAUUGUUAAGGGAAUUAAAGGAGUGGAGAGUGGAGGAAGGGGCUAUGCCGAGUCUUUUACUUUUACGGAUCUAUUACUGCUGUCUAUUGAACAUGCUUCCAGAAGGACUGCAGUACGUGACUACCCUAAAAAAACUGGAGCCAUGGGGCAUGGUUUCAGACUUCAAGGAAAGGCUCCAAGAAAACGAGGGAGAGGACUGGCAUAAGAUUCGAAACAUACCCUCCAUCGACAUAACCUAUCAAAGCAUUUGCACUUCCUCUCCUUGCUAGAGCUACAUUGAAAUCUGCACGCCAAUUGUUUGAAGAAAUGCUUCAGCCAAGUCUUUUUUUGGAUGAAACCAUGCUAUCAGUGCUCAGCUUGGACGCACACAGGUCAUUGUAUGGUUGUGAGAGAAACCAUUGCAUUAUCCAUCUAGUUGACAUUUCUUUGGUGGACCAUUUUGUAAAUUAACAUUGAAUUGAUAACUUUAAUUGUUUGAACAAUGAUUUUUUUUCUUGUUAAAUGUAGACUGUAGAUUUUUUUUUUUUGUUUGAAGGCCAUUGAUGAGAUGGUCAGCAUUAUCUUACCAAUUUAAUUUUUGAACAAUGGUCAUUCAUAAGGGCCUGCCAAAGGAUUGUUUGGAUCAUCCAAAGAUGCAAGCUUGUGGGGCUUAUCCAUCAAAUCAAUAGUCUGGAUUACCACAUGCCCUGCUUAUGCGAGCAACCUAAGACAAUUUUCAUGUUCCAAUGCAUUAUGGCCCAUUACUUUGUUCUGCACAAUAUGAGUUGUUUUAGCAUAAAUAAUAGCACAUCAUUUUUAAGUUUUAAUCAAAGAUUUUUGAUAUAUAAGCUUUUGCUUUUAUAGGAGAAGCUACUUGGCAUGCGGGAGGCGAUUGGACGUGACAUAGAGAACGGUCGUGAAGGAAAAUUUAUUUCCCUUUUAUGGUUUCUCUGCUGGCUUCCUUUUUUCUUUUUUCUUUUUUCUAUUGCUUCCUCAUGUAUGAAUGGUGUGAGAUAUUUGGAUGAUGUUUUCAAACUGUAUCAAGACGGGGUGUGUGUUUUAUUUUUAUUUGUUUGGUUUGGCAACUAAUCCUGAAUACUUCAAUAUAAUAAGUUAUUUCUCUAAUGCCUGAGAUGUAAUUUUGUCAAUAUUUGGAUGUAAUAUCCUUUUUCAAGGCAGUACUAGUUAUUCAGAGUGUAGGCUCAGGAGGAGGUCCACAAUGCUUCACCGAGGAGUUUACAUGGGUGCAUGAUAAAACUGCUAUACUAAUCUUCAAUACUUCAAUGCUUGGGAGGAGGUCUACAAUGCUUCAUCGGGGAGUUUAUAUGGGUGCAUGAUCAAAGAUGUUCAUGGCCACAAUCUAGCUUUCCCAAUGCAAAACUCAGGUCAGUUUGACUCCAAUCAUCUGAUAGGCCAUACAUGUAGAUUAAAUGUUGACAGUCCAUUUGUUUAGCAUACGUUUGGCGCACGUAGUUUACGACCAACCUGAUUCUUGGCCCUAGGAAUAAGUUUCAAGUUAGGUUUGCUAAGCCCAUACGUGGGUGGAGCCUUGCGCAACAACAUGCAGCUGUAUGUGCCAAUAUAGCAUAACAUGCAAGAAUUGAGCUUUCCAUUAAGUGGGCCAUGUUGAUUAAAACUUUUUGCCUGAAAGCGAAGUUGUUUCACACCUCAGGUGGACCUGUUUUCAAAACAAAUGGCUGUCUAAAAAAAUCUGCAUUAUCCAAUUGUGCUGCAUCGAGGAGUAGAACAACCUGUUUUUUGCACAAUAAAUCUAAUCAAUGUUACCCUCCUAAUGAAGAGCUUGUCGAAAACAGUUUUUGCAUACAUCCAUUUGUUUUGUAGACAGGUUCAACUAAGGUAUGAAACAACUUGACUUUUAGGCUAGAAAUUCUAAAUAAUGUUGUCCACUUGAUGGAAAAGCUCGUCUCUCACUCUUAUGCUAUAUCGGCACAUGUGGCCCAGCAGGCCUCCGCAUGUGAGUGGGAGUAGCAAACCUCUGUUUUAGGUCUACUUCAUAUGGCAUUAGUUUGUUUUGGUCCCGCUAUAGAUUGUUGUCUUUACAGUAUAGAAAACUGACUAAGGAGCCAAUGCAUUUGAAUUUGUUUGAAGUUGGUCGGCCCAUCCUUUGAAACCAAUAUUGGAUUCAAAUAUUAAUUUCAUAUCCCAAGCUUCUUUUUUUUUUUUUCAAAAAAUGGGGACUAGCCCCCUGUAUCUUUGUUAAUUUGAAACAAGCAUGUACAGACUGGACUUUCGGGUGGGCUCCACAAUAACAUUGGGCCUCACCUAUCAUUUCGCCUAAUUGGCAAAUGGAAAAUAGGAGAAAAAAGAAUAGAAGAAACUGGAGGAGAGGGAACUGCUUCAGGCGUCGAGACGGAGGAACAUCUAAAUUUCGCUGAAGUCAGGGACCCACAACUGCCCCACAUAAGCGUCAAUUGGAGAAAUUCAGACAACUGGUUGGCCCUGCUGCAUAGCUGACAGCCACAUGCCUACAUGCCACUGGCUGCAAAGCAUUAUCCCACCUCAAUCUUCAGCCUGAACCAAACUGCCAUCAACCAUCAGCCUUGCAGCACACACCCAGUCAAGCAUCAGUCCUGCUAGAAUACUGUUAUAGCCAGUCAUCCACAGCAAUGGCGUCUCAGACAGACAGUCCUGCAGUCCCACUGGGAUAGGCCUGAAAACAGGGUCAUUAUAAUAGUAGCCGGACAUUGAUUGACAGAUUAGGAGCUUUAUUCAUACAGAUGUUUGGAGCAUCUUCCAUCUGUAGUACAGCCUAUCAAAAAUUAAUCUGGAUCUCCCAACUACACCCCGGCCACUUGCACUGAAUGCUGGCAGAAGGAUACUUCAACCAAACAGAUAAGAACUUAUACUUCCUCCUAUUUUAUCAUUGACUAGUUUCUAUAUAUGUCAACAAUCAAGGCUUCUCAUCAGGUACAGCCUGGUGUAUAACUACCCAGGCACAAAGAACAGGCUACUCUGAUAAUGUGAUGGACCAUCCAUGCACAUGUAAUGUGGGCCGUCAAUUUCUUCUGUCUACCUCUAGGCCAACUGAUUUGUUGUCGCGGCCCGUUUCGUGGACCAUCCAUGCACAUAAUUGGAAUUUUGGAGCAUCUUCCAUCCAAGAGAGGGCCUAUCAGACCAAUAUUUUGGAUCUUCCAACCGCAGCCCCAGCUGUACAGACUGUUUUAUUCUUAAUGCUCUUUAUUUCACAUGAUAGACUGUGACAACACCCCCAUGUGAAGCAUCUCAACAGAUAAGGAAGAUGGUGGCAUGGGAAUUGAUUACCUUUUCGGUGGUUUCUUUCCUCACUUCCUCUUGUAAUGAAGGGCGGCUCAAGAGAAAUACAGUCUGGUCAGGUGAUUGUAGGAAGAAUUAAGGAUAAUCUUAUCCUCUCAGUGAUGAACUUACAAAGCUUUCAAAGGCCUUUAACUGGCAUCUCCAUGCAGCACAUGGAGUGAGAUUUUGUGGUCCAAGCCAAUGUCUCUUGGAAAUGUUCCUAGACGGUCUGAUCAAGAGGCUGGCCACUGGCUCUUCAAAUUCGACAGUGAUUGGUGCAUGAGGAUUUGAAUGACAUUCGUAAUUGUAGCAUGAGGAUGUAUUUGUGUUUGCUUUCCAAACAAUCCUUUGACAUGUUACAUUGUGCCAUUGUAGGAUAUGAUAUAUUCAUUAGUUUUCACAAGUGUUUUGUGUAAUGUUUGAUUUCUAAUAGUGAAUGCAUGUUUUCACACAAAAUAUUCUUACUGAGAAUUGAAAUAGAAGCAAAUUUUAUUUUUA